CAGCUUGACAUCUGAUGCAAAGGUCAAGCCUUUAUCAUGACUUCACUUACCCACCUUCACACAAACACUCCUUUUCCCUUUUCCUUCCACUGGGUUGUGUUUUCUGUUUUGUGUUGUGUGUUCCAUCCAACUCCAACUAGUCACAGAUUCUUGUCUCUUUGGCUGCAUUGCACCCAAAAGGUGAAGGGAAGGGAAAGGAAGAGAGGCACAAACAGUUAAACACCCCAAAAAUGGAGAGGGCUCUCACUAAAGUUAGCAGCUUGAAGGUGGGGUUGGGAAGCUCAUGGAUCACCAAGAAGGCCAAGGAGGAGUUCUCUAACAUAUCUGAAGAUAUUUCUGCUUUCUCAAAUACUGUUGAAGAAAAGGCGAAAUGGGUUUUCAACAAACUAAAAGGCAAGCCGCUGAAAAGCCUACCGGAUCUCCUCCGUGAGUACAAUUUACCACCGGGGCUAUUCCCUCAGAACAUAAUCUGUUAUGAGUUUGAUGAAACCAAGGGUAAGCUGAUUGUGUACUUGCCAUCUGCAUGUGAGGUCAGCUUCAAGGACUCUUCUGUGCUGAGGUAUGCAACCCGAGUCAAAGGGGUUCUCACAAGGGGAAAGCUUUCAGCAAUAGAUGGAAUGAAAACAAAGGUCCUUGUGUGGGUUAAGGUGACAACUGUGGCAGUUGAAGGUUACAAAUCUGAUAAGUUGUGGUUUACUGCUGGUGUGAAGAAGUCAAGGCCAAAGGAUGCAUAUGAUACACCUCGUGAUGCUGCCAGAGUAUCAGAAUUCUGAGUUUACAAAUGUUGGUUAUUAUUAUUAUGCCAUUACUAUUAUGAUUGCUAUGGAAUAGAUAGUCUACAUUGUUGGAAAUUUUUACACACAGUAGGUGUACAAGUUAGGAUCCUCUUCUCUAUAUUAUCCAUAAAUAUUUUGGAUGUAUUGAUGUUCUGAUCAUUCAUUGUCUCAUUGAGUUUAAGUUAAUUUGGCAAGCACGAAUGGAACUGUAAUGAUGCCAUUCUAGUUGAUACCAUGUAUUUUUUUGGCUCCUUAUUUAAUACAUAUUAAGAAUUUAGAAUU